AUCAACCCUUGUCCUUCACUCGCGAAGUCCCCUCGAACUCCCAGGCGCGCAAAAAGUCCCCUGGGGAACUUCCAGCGGCGCACCCACCGCCAGCAGCAGCAGCUUCGCCGCCCGCCGACGCCGUAGCGGAGGGCAAGCCAUGAAGUUCAAGGCCUUCUUCACCGACGACGGCAUCGCUCUCCUCGACAAGCGGUUCCUGCCGGCGAUGGACAAGGUGGGCCGCCUGUGCCACGUCUACCUCACGCCCACGCACGCCAUGCUCCUCCACAACCUCCUCGGACCCACGGGGACGGGGCCCGACGGCGGAGGGCCGCAGUGCGUCGCGCAGUUCGCCAAGGACCUCCUCUUCCGGGAGUACAGCGUGUCGUCGCGGAACGGCAACCGCGUGGCCUUCGCCGUCGACGUCGCGCUGCUCCACCGCGCCCUCCGCAGCGCGCUCGCCGUCCACGCCCAGUCGCCGGCCGCCGGGGACGCCUCAGCCGCGAUACAGGUGAAGCUCGUCAACAAGCUGCCGGCCGGGUCCCGGUCUGCCUCGCCGUUCCUCACUUUCGAGACCAAGGGAGCCCGCUCUGCUGUCGUGCAGGACGUGCCCAUCUCGCGGCCCCUUUCACGCUCCGACGUCGAGCGGCUGCAGGCUGCCCUCGACUCCGCCCAAGAGCUCCCUCAGACUCUAGUUCAGGUUCCAGAUCUGCCACAGUUGCAGAGUUUGGUCGAUCGUCUAAAAAAUGUCGGCGAUCUUCUGACAGUAGCUGUUACUCAAUAUGGUGACUUACAUCUACACGUUGCCACUUCUCUUGUUACUGUUGGUUCAGAAUUCAGGAAACUUCGUAUCCUUGGUGUUCGUGCAACCGCACCUGUUGGUGAUCAAAAUUUGAGUGCUUCCACUCGUACCAAUAUGGCAAUUGAGAGAGGGGAGGCGCUCUCAGUGCAAGUGAAUAUGAAGCACCUAGCUAAAAGUCUACAAUGUCAUUUGGCUAAGCCCGACUGUACCUUCUAUGGUAUUUCUCCUGGUGGUGCUUGCUUGACUGUGAUAUUCCAGUAUUUCAUUCCAGGAACUAGACUGACGGACAAGUCCAUUAGCUUCUACUGCAGGCUUCCAGUCCUUGACCCUGGCAGUUAAACAUAUUACAGCGUGGAUGGAUGUGUACUUGGUGCCGACGUCAUAGUAGAUGGUGCCAAUGCAGACGGUCACGAGGAGAUAGAUGAGGAGCCUCAGCCAGUAAUACCCGAAGUCCCUUGACAUGUUGAUGAAGGAGCGCUUGGUCAGUGUGCCUGCCUGCAUCAAGAAGCUAGCCUGGCUUCCUCCUGAAUCCAGCACAGUUCCUUUCUGCAACGAAUAACAUGGGUGUGUUAGUGUUCAUCCUGUUAUUGCCUGUCCUGGAUGCAGUCUUAACUAUACGUGGGGGCGCAAGAAAAAAAAAACAGAGAGGAAAAAGAGUGAUAUCAAUACGCGCUGCUGUAUUAGGGUCGCCAAGAACACGUACCAGUCGUGAGAUGUCAUUAACUCUCUCCCUUGCAGCGUAGUAGUACUGGGACCUGCUGUAGGAUGCAACCAACUUUCUGAUGGCUUCAGAUGUGGUCAUCCUGUCCAGAGGAUCGUCCGACCUCUCGAUCUUCAAUGAGAAUGCCCAAAAAUUAGAUCAUUUUAAGUGCAUCGUGACACGAACAAGUUUGAGCAGAUCAGCUAUGAACAUUGGUGUGUCUUGAUCUCUUCUUACCCUUGCCUUCAUGGAACCUUUCAGGGUGGCCUUCACCUUGUCGAAGUCGGAGUUGACGCAUCUCAGGAAAUGAUCCGAUGGAUUUCUCAGUGGCGGGCACGGGAAGCCGGUCUGGGCGAAGAACUGCAAGCACGAGCACAAGAUGGUCACGUUAGAAACCAUGGCGAAUGAUAGUGGUGACAGAUAUAUAUAUAUACUGGUUGCUUUCUGAAUCUGGUGACUGGUGAGAUGACUUACCUCGCAUGCCUGCGAUGCUUGGCCGAAGUAGACGGUUUUGCCGCUGGAGAGGAGGAAGAGCAUGUCGAAGAGCUCGAACACCUCGCUGCUGGGCUGGUGGAUGGAGGCGAUCACCGUCCUCCCGUCCCUGGCCAGCCCCCGGAGCGUCUGCGUCACGAAGAACGCCGACGAGCUGCGCGCAUGAUCAAGCCGGCAUCACAUCGCCGCGGUCAGUCCAGCGCACACCAUCAGUCAGCUCAGCUGUGACUGGAUGCAGGGAGGACGCGUACCUGUCGAGGCCGCUGGUGGGCUCGUCGAGGAAGAGGAGGCGGGGGCGCAUGAGGAGCUCGAGGGCGAUGCUGACGCGGCGCUUCUCGCCGCCGCUGACGCCGCGGAGGUGCCAGUUGCCGAUGACGGUGUCGGCGCAGUCCUGGAGGCCCAUCUCCACGAUGGUGCCCUCCACCAGGGCGCGCUUGUCCUCCCGGGGCAUCUUGUCCGGCAGCCGCAGCAUCGCCGAGUACCCGAUCGUCUCCCGCACCGUCAGCGUCCCGAUCAAGUUGUCGUCCUGCGUCACGUACGCCUAAAAAAAAACCCUCCGUAAACCUCGUGUUUCACCGCUAAAUGCACUUGCUUUGCUAUAGAUAAAUGAAAAUACACUUAUCAUA